AAAUUCGAUGACGUCAUAACUACGCGUCCGAGCUCCACAUCGGUCCUCAGUUUAUAAUCUGCCGUUUUCAGGACAAAAGACAACUGGACCAUUUUAACGAUGAGCUGUGAAAAAUAUCCGAGAUCUUCGAUUGAAGAUGACUUCAACUAUGGCACUAAUGUCGCUACAGCCAGCGUACAGAUACGUAUGGAUUUUUUGCGGAAGGUGUACACUCUCCUAAGCUUGCAGAUCAUUCUGACGACGGGCACAUCUGCCCUUUUUAUGUUCUCUCAAACCAUCAAGGAUUUUGUUCAUGCCAGCCCUGCUGUUGUUUUGGUUUCCGCUCUGGGAUCUUUGGUCUUGCUUCUGGCCUUGGCUGUUUACAGACACAAGCAUCCAGUCAACCUCUACCUGCUGUUUGUAUUUACUUUGCUGGAGGCCAUCUCAGUGGCCACUGCUUUGACCUUCUACGAAUACUCUACCGUGCUCCAAGCCUUGUUCCUGACCUGUGCCGUGUUCGCUGGACUGACUGCUUACACCUUUCAAUCCAAGAGAGAUUUCACGAAACUGGGAGCAGGCCUUUUUUCUUGUUUGUGGAUCCUCCUGAUUGCAAGCGUUAUGAGGGUGUUUUUUAACAGCGACAGCACAGAGCUGCUGUUCGCCGGAACCGGGGCGUUCAUCUUCUGCGGUUUCAUCAUCUACGACACCCACCUGCUGAUGAAGCAGCUCUCACCCGAGGAGCAUAUCUUGGCCUCCAUCAAUCUCUACCUGGACAUCGUCAACCUCUUCCUUCACAUUUUGCGUAUCCUAGAUUCGAUGAAGAAGCACUAAAAAAAUAGUCGGUGCCUAUUUGAAAAGCUUGAAUUCAAUCUCGCGUCGGAUUGUGACAACAUGGCCGCCUUUGGUUUUAACACUGUGGGCACCUGUACUGGUAAUUUAUUCUUUUGCUUUCGCUUUACACUCAAAUCUGGUGGGUAAAUUGCUAUAAAUUGAAAAUCUCUUCUGAAGGGAUCAGAUUAUUGUUAUCCUGUUAUGUGAAAUGGAAUAUCUUUGUAUGUCUGUUUUGAAUAUGCAUUUAAUAUAAUUGCUCUAAAAAUAAAAUACUUUAAAAUGUA